CGACGGGUGGAGCAGCAGCAGCAAGAAACCCUCAAAUGAGGCCACAUUAGCCGAUGAAGAUCACCCCAGUCCAGUACAGCCACUGGAUGAUAACUUUACAUACAUCAUGAACCUACUAGCCUGCCUGCCUGGCCGGCCCCGUCACGCAGCCAGCCUCCACCAGUCGAUACGAGUAACACUCAGCUGAACAUCGCACGCCACAGCUCAACCAGCAAGAAAACCCGAUGAGCCAUCGAUGAGCCAUCGAUGAGGUCCGCACCCUGUUUGAUUUCCGCUACAAAAGCUUCUGCUCAACCUCGGCCUCCCGUCGUCGGGGGUUGCUUUCACCAGCGGAAACAACCACCAUGUUGAGCCUGGACUACAGCCUUUCGAACCUCCAAGGCAAAACGAUCCUCGUCACGGGCGGUGCCUCGGGCUUCGGGGCCGCCUUUGCCACUCGCUGGGCUGCCGCUGGCGCCCAGGUGAUUGUUGGGGACAUCAAUCCCGCCGGAGAGACGGCCGUGGCGCAGAUUCGCUCCGACUCCUCCAACGACAACGUGCACUUCAUCCAUCUCGACGUCACAUCGUGGGCUUCCCAAGUCAACUUCUUCCGACAAGCGGUGCAGCUCAGCUCGCACGGUGGGAUUGAUGCCGUCGUGGCUAAUGCUGGCGUCAACGAUCGGGACGAGGCGAGACGGCUCGAGUACCCUGCCGUGGACUACUCGAAUGACCCCAACCCCCCAGCGCCCAGCAUGAAGACGGUCGACAUCAAUCUGACGGGGGUCCUGUAUACGGUCCACCUGGCCCAGUGGUACCUCCCUCGGAACCCCGACUCGCUACCAUGCUCCGAAACCGGGCAGACCGCUCCGCGAGAUCGCCAUAUCCUUCUGGUCGGCUCAACGGCGAGCUUGCACCCGCUCAUCACUCAGGCACCCUACACGAUCACCAAACAUGCGGUCUUGGGUCUGUUCCGGUGCCUGCGCGUCACAGCCCCCGUUUCGGGCGGCAUUCGCGUCAACAUCAUCUGCCCCUAUUUCACCGACAUUGGCAUGUUGAAUGGGCCAGGUCGCAUGGUAUUAGCUGGAGUCCCCCUCGGGCAGCCGGAGGAUGUGGUCGAGGCGGCCACGUAUCUCAUGGCCAACCAGAAAUGCAGCGGCCGCUCUCUGGUCACUGGCCCCCGGUUGAAGCUGGACCUCCCCGACCGUGCGUACUUGACCCGGGAUUCUCUCGAGGAGGCGGUGCAGUACACGAUUGCUGCGGGCGAGGAUUACGAGAAAGGCGUUUGGGAGUGUCAAUUGCACGAUGUGGAGACCACGGACAUCUUCACGGACCGGAUGAUGAAGGCCGUGAAAACGGUGGUGGCUGCGCGGGGAUGGAUUGGCUGGGCCAAGGGGAUGGUUGGGGCGUUGCUUUGGCCGCUGACGAAGAGUUCGCCUUAGGCAUAGUAGAG